GCCCGCAGAAGGUGGGCGGGGCGAAUGCAAAUCUUCCACGACUGUCACUAGUGAUGUUGGGUGCGGUUGGUUCAUGCUGAGCAGCCGGCGAGAAGAUUGAGACUAAACAGGGUGCGUCUUCUGUUCUUCUUCAAAUCCGAAUAACUACAAACCAGCUUGUAAUUCACAGAGAGCCGAUCUGAUCACAUACUAGGGAUCGAAAUGUUAGACACAAGCAGCACCCAGUUUGACUCCUUCCUGUUUUGGAGGCAGCCCAUCCCAUCACUGGACCUGUCAGAGCUGGAAGACCUUGGCAUUUCUACACCCAAGUCCAAGGAGGCAAAGUCGACCAAGAGCUCCCAAAAACCCCUGGGACAGGAGGAGGAAGAUGAUUUGGAGCUGUUGAAGUACUCCGCCUUCAACUACUGGAAAGAGCCCGUCGCUGGUAUCGAUACCUUGGAUUUCAGCCUGCUGGUAUAAGACACUGCAAUGCAAUUCUCAGUUCCUGCCCAAAUCUGUCUUUAAUUCCACUGUGCUUGCACCGAUUCUCUACUCCAUUCUGAUGUUGAUGAAUACAAGAGUCAUGUAUCAUGCCUUUCUUGUUAAACCGUGUCAGUAAACUGUGAUAACUGGCUUCUUGUUUGAUUAAACUAGUAAGGCAUUACUGAAAAUGGAUGUAUUAGUUACACUAUUUAGUAUCUCACUGCCCUGUAGACUAUAUAUGUGACUGAUCAAUUGGCCAUGAAAUAAGUUUAAGAUAUCUAGAUCAUAAUCUGCCAAAUUCACUUCAAGGCAAGGAGAUUUAGAACAAAUUAGAAAUCUAAAACUGUAUAAUAUUAUUGUCUGCCAAAUGAUUUGUAAUAUUAAUGCAUACAGUCAUUUAUUAGUUUAAACUGGAAUCUCACUUAAAAGGGUUUUUGUAUUGAACAGCUGUCCAUGUUAAAAUACACAGCUAAUGCUUUUCACUGUUUUUCCCCAUUAUGUUUGAUGACAAAUGUCAGAUGCCAAUUAAAAUGAGCUUGCUGCUAAA